UUUAUUCCCCACCCAUGAACCCUGCCCUUUCCUGAAUGAUGUAGAGGUUUUGCAAUGCCUGUGACCAGCGCUGGUGCUGCCUGAUGCGGGACAUCCGGACAGAUGUCUUUUCUGGCUUCGUGUGUCCCAAAACAAAUAAGGGGAGAAAAAAAAUGAAACUGGAGCUCUAAACUCUGAGGGUUCAUCAUGGAAGAGUCAGAAGGACAUCACUUCAGCUCAGUGGAAGAGGAAACCAGAUACUGGAAAGAGCUGGCUAUGACAUACAAGCAGUGUGCUGAAAAUACACAGGAGGAAUUGCGUGAAUUCCAAGAAGGGAGUCGAGAGUAUGAAGCUGAAUUGGAGACUCAGCUGCAGCAAACAGAGUCCAGAAACAGAGACCUUCUGUCAGAAAACAAUCGUCUGCGAAUGGAACUGGAGUCAGUUAAGGAAAAGAUUGAAAUGCAGAAUUCAGAAGCAUACAGGCAAAUCUCUGCGCUGGAAGAUGACUUGGCACAGACAAGAGCUAUUAAAGAUCAACUUCAGAAAUACAUUCGAGAGCUUGAGCAAGCAAAUGAUGACUUGGAACGAGCAAAAAGAGCCACUAUAAUGUCUCUGGAGGAUUUUGAACAGCGUUUAAACCAGGCUAUUGAAAGAAAUGCUUUUCUGGAGAGUGAGCUGGAUGAGAAAGAGAACCUUCUGGAAUCUGUGCAGCGCCUGAAAGAUGAAGCUAGAGAUCUACGACAAGAGCUUGCGGUGCAGCAGAAACAGGAGAAACCCAAAACACCGAUGCGAACUACCCUGGAAACAGAAAGAACAGACACAGCAGUUCAGGCAUCGUUAUCUGUGCCUUCAACUCCCUCGGUGCCUCGGGCACACAACAUCAGCAUACCCACCUCUGCAACAUUUAGGAGAGGUCUUGAUGACAGUUAUGGUGCAACCCCUCUCACACCCGCUGCAAGAAUAUCGGCACUUAACAUCGUGGGAGACUUGCUGCGAAAAGUGGGGGCUUUGGAGUCCAAACUUGCAUCUUGCCGAAACUUUGUGUAUGACCAGUCUCCAAACAGAACCACGGUGUCUAUGUACAUGAACAGAGAUGUCCUUGAAACACGUUUGAGUCCUCAUCAGCCUCGGUGUGAUACAGGGUUAGUGAAACGCCUGGAGUUUGGAACACGGCCUUCAAAUAUUUCGGGACCAAUGAGCCAUCCCUCACAAAGUGUUGUCAAGAUGCUGCUAUGAAAAGCCUGGCUGGCUUUGGAAAAGGGGAAAACAUUUUUUUAACCAUUAAUUUUAAAGAGAAUAUUAAUGAACAAUCUGCCUGCAAUCGGGCUGGGUGAGAACUGAAGAAGCUGCAGUCGGCAGUGGCCUCUUGUGGCCUUGCCCAGUCUUGCCACUCGGCUGAGUUCUGUGGGUGGUAUGAUAAAGCAGUACUGCCCAGCAGUGCUGGACUGAGAAUUGCUUCCUACAUCAGUUGCUGCAAAUAGCUCCGUGGAAGUUGCUUCUUUUGAUAUUGCCAGUCAAAGCCCUCGUCCUUCUGCUGUUCAUAUACAAAGACAGUAUCCCUGUGCAGCUCCUCAGGCUUUGGCUUUUGAUGUUAAUAGAGCACCAUGGUGUUCUGGCCUUAAAUUCUGGUUGUGCUGGCUUUAUCAUGGGUGCUGUGUGCUGCAGUCAUCUGAAUUAGAGGAGUGUUUUUGUGUGGAGGAAGGUGUGUUUCUGCAGGGAAGCUCUUUGUGGGGUAGUCGCUGCUCAGACUCCUGCUACACAAAAACCUGCCUCUAGUGGCAAGAUGGCUUUGUAAGCAAUGAUUUGCCAUUAAGAACGGGUCACGGUGAAAGAUUAGGAAUGCCUAGUGCUUAAGAGUCCUCAGGAGAUCCCAGAGCUAACAGCAAGUUAGGAGUCCAACUUCAAGUUUGGACCGGCUUAGCAUAUUGACAUCUUUUUGUGCCAUGUUGUGGCCCAUAAAGCCUGUCUGUUGUAGGAAGCAAGAGACCUGAUUAAGUUGCUAACCCUAACAUCUUAAUAGGUGGGUUUUACUGCUUUCCAAACCUCCCUUUCUUUGUUAACGUGCCUUGGGUAUUAGAGACUUUUUUCUUGUUUUAUGCUUUCUAUGAGAAUAUAUGCUUUCAGCUGUUACUAAUUUAGAAAUGUUUUUUAACCUGAAAAGUCAUUUAUGCUAGACAAGUGUAUAUGACUAGAGAAUUAGUUUAGAUAGGUUUUUUUUCCCUAUGGAAUAUUACUGCAUUUUGGUUUGUUUUUUGAAAGGAGUGGGCUCACUAGCAGUAUUAGUGUACCUCAUGGAAACCUGUACUAGCAAAAAUAAUUGCUACUAAACCACUUUUAUGAUUUUUGCUGGGCAUGGGGAGAGCUUACUUUACAAAAGAAUGCCUAAAUAGGUUUGGGGUUUUAUGGAGAUUUGUUUUUUUUUUUUUUUAAGAAAACGCUGUAAGAACAGCCACUGAUGCAUCUGUUUCUCUGGAAUAGGAAAUAACCACAUAUCGUUCCCAAUAUUCAGGCCAUCUACAAAGCUGGCUUAACUGGGAAGCAGAAUAAAGCUUAUUUUGAAUGCUAGUUGUUGAUUCUUUUCUUGCAAUUUGUCCCUAUUGUUUAUGCACAGAUGUUUGCUACCAAUUUCUCAUCU